GCCUACAAUUUCGUCUACUCGAAAAUAAAUUGGGAAUUUUGAAUAAAAAUCGUGUCUCAUACAAUUAUCAACAUUAUAAAGAAGUGUUUAACAAAAAUGAUCAAGAAAAUGAUAAAAUUAUUCAUUCUGAGAGAGAACCUUCGUUGUUUAUACUCAUUGAUCGCUGGUUAUCCCGAACACCUGGAAUUUAUGAGGAAGAAUUUGACGAGGAUACGGAUGAACCAAGUGAUUCUAGAGAGGAUAAAGAAUCAUCUAAUGAUCAUGGGAAUGCUUCGAUGGGAAAAAGGAAAACAUUUUGGGACAGAUACUUGGAGGCAAAUUCUGAAAAAAUUUCAGAAAAAUUUUUUGUAACUUUCUAACAUUUUAAAGGCUGUUUCUCAAUACCUUUCAUUUAUGCUGGAAGAGGUAAACAAUCCAAAUCAGACAAAAGAGGAGCGUGAACUUCGAUGGGAUGAAUAUGUUAAAAUUAGACGAAGUUUUCAGACUAUUACUAAUGAAAGCGAUUAUAAUACUUUUGUAGAAAAAGGUGAACGCCGUCUUAGCCACAAUGCACUAAAAGGUGCAUUGAUGAUCUACUUCUACAGGGAUAUGCCACGAUUUUCUCAACCAUACCAAAUCCUCUUUCAUUUAAUGGAUAUAGACUCUUUAUUGCAGAAGUGGCGAUAUAACCAUUUGAUGUUAGUUCAACGAAUGUUGGGAAGCAAAAUUGGAACGGGAGGAAGUAGUGGAUAUAUGUAUUUACGCUCAACGGUCAGCGAUCGCUACAAAGUUUUCCUUGAUCUAUUCAAUCUAAGUACUUGGCUGAUACCGAGAAACUACAUUCCUAAACUUUCCCCUAAAAUGAUGAGGACACUUUCGGGAACAUGA